GCAUGCGAGAGAGAGGCAAAAUGGGAAUUUGGGAUACUAUCUCCUCCGCAGGAGAUUCUCUGAGGAGGAACGCGCCCGGUCUAACGUCCGUCAAGAGCUUCUGCCGGAGCUCGUACGAUCACACAUGCUAUGCCGUCGCGAAGAUCGGGAGCGCCGUCGGAGGAGUCGGAAACGCCGUCAAAGUUCACGGCGUCGACAAGGUCGCUCAGCAGCUCCGGGAAGAAGAAAGCCGCGCCGCGAUCCGCCGGUUCUCCGGCAGCUUCGCCGUUAACGCCGCUGUUUUCGCCUUCCACGAGGGUCUCAAGAGCAUUCCCGGCGGAGCCCCGAUCUACGGCAUUGUUUCCCGGUCAGUUUCGGCUUGCAACAAUCAGCCAAACAAACAGGAAGAGCUGAAGGAACUGCGUGCCAGAAUGGAGCUAAUGGAGAAAGAGCUCGCUGCCUACAAAACUUUACUCGAGAAACAAGGGUUUGAGCGACAUGAGCUCGAGGUUUUACCUCGUACAGACCCCCUCCGCGAUGCACAGAAACUUGAAGAUGUUAUGAAAGUAUCGAUGGGGCAAAUAACGAGAUUGUGCCUCUUGGAUGAUCUGAUUGUUCCCGGGGUUAGGGCAAGCAAGAAAUCCGAGUAGUGGUACAUGCCUCGACGAAAGACUGUCCAACUAAUCUGUAAAGGCCAAUAUAGUUAGGCCAUGUUAACGUGCCUCUUCAUUCUCUGGACGCAAGGUUGUAUGUAUGGUUGGAUGUGUUAAAUGGUCGCAAGCUUAUAUGGCAAUGGUGGUUAUUAUAGUUUCA